ACCAGCAUCGAGAUACUUCGUACUAUGUAGAUCGUACCUAGGUAGGUGGGGAAAGGGUUCGGCCAGUCAGCGCGCCAAGUGCCCCUAGAUUAUAGUGGGCACAGUACUUGUUACAGGUAGGUGCUGUACCUUUGCACAUGCCGGGGAAAGCUCUCUCUCACUUCAUUGCCAAAUCCCAAAUCACACCUACACGCGCUUGUCUACGCCCGCCAUGAAGUCAUGAUCAAUUCUCCAAGCUGUUCGCCAUGGAACAGCCGUUUUCAACCUCCAAAGUCACAGUCGAAUACUUCGACCCUCACGAUGUCUUCAAACUCCUAGCUCCCGGCCUGGUGCCACGCCUUCCUCUACACAACCUUCACUGGCAAUCGCAUGCCGGGCCCUUGCGCUCCAUCGAGACCCUCCACAUCGAGCUGCUACCUUCUGGUGACAGGAAUCCACUAGCAUCUCCCAUUACCUCGCCACCGCCCUCCUCUGGCCAACAGCGGCGGUCCGAAAAUGAUGGCGCCCAGUCCCAGAUUGGUGCUGCUUUGAGUGCCACCCAGUCCAAUGAGACCAUCGACCAGUCAUCAAACCGAAAUAGUAUCCCCGCCAGGCGUCACCAAAUUCCCGGUUUGAGACAGACUCCCUAUCUCAAAGUACUUUUGGUUCGGUGCGACGAUAAUGAUUCCUACAAAAGUCAUGUCAGGCAGGAGAUCCGCGAUUGGAUCAAGACGAACACGCCACCUUCUACGUCCAAGAAGGCCAAUGCUGCCGAGAACCACGAUGCGUUCGAGUGGCUGAUCGUACAUGUUGUCAUCCCCAACACUGUGGCCGCCACCCAGCCUCGCAAGUCGGACGUAGGUUCCGGGUCUGAGAAAACAUCAACUGCCUCGAGAUGGCGCCCGGGGUCAAGCACACUCCUAGAGAAGCUGAGGUCGGAUUUCAACAGUUCUAGUAAAAAUGCCACAGACCACAUCUCGCAAAUUCGGAUAGGCGUGAAUGAUGUUCCCUACGAUAGUCUGCCGCGUGUCGUGCCGGCUGUGCCUACUGGAUAUACAGAGACGGAGCAAGAGACCGAGAAUGCUUGGACCGACUUAAUAUCAAAAUUUCGUGGCUUAAUCCUCUCUAGCUUCGAUAUGCGGGUAACUCAGUAUGAGGAGGAUAUCAAAGAAAAAGAUGCUCAAAGAAGUCUACCCGGCUGGAAUUUUUGCACCUUUUUUAUCUUGAAGGAGGGACUUGCACGUGGGUUCGAAAGUGUUGGCCUGGUUGAGGAUGCCCUGGUUGGCUAUGAUGAGCUCAGCGUUGGCCUAGAUAUGAUCAUUAAAGACCAAAGUCUCGGAAGAUCUGGGUCGACGGCGAAUACUCUUCUAGCAUAUACCGAAGAAUUGAAAAAUCUCGCAAUCAAAGCUAAGACGGGAGAGAUAAGUUUCGAAGGGGAGCAGCGGGUGUCGGGUGGCAUACAAGCGAAGGAUUUAUAUGACGAUAUACCCAUUAGUGCCAACAAGAAACCCUAUCGUGACCUUAUUGUCGCCAACAACGUCUCUAUCUUCGACUUCCGUUGCUAUAUUUUCGCGAGGCAAAUAACGCUACUAUUACGGCUGGGCAAUGCUUGGUCAACAAGGGAAGAGCUUCUCGCCAAAUUGAAGGAACAGCAAGAGUCAGUUCUGCAUGGUGUGGCGCCUCGAGCGCCACCGCCCAAGCAUCAAGAGAAUGAACAAGAAGAUUUGCCAAUGUUAGCUGAGAUAUGUCGAAGGGCCCUCGAAUUCAUCCCCUCCGUCUCUCAAGUCAUGCGGAACGAUCUACUUAGCGCCUUGUCAGAAACGUCUGGUUACACUACUGGGGACGAUUCAGCCGCCGUGCUGCCAGUUGAUCCUCUGACAAGUGAGGUAAUUGAUAAUUUGGUAGUAUCAUUUGCAUUUUCCACGGCUCAGCAAAUACUGGCCCAGACUUCAACCAAAUCACUACCUAUACCCUCCUCUUCUCUUGACUCUCUCGGCGGACAGGAGUCCAAAGCUGCCAUACCAGAGCCGAAAACAAUGAUGCAUCCAGCUAGGAACUCAUCAUUAAGAGUGGGGACUGGGGGAGCCGGCGUGUCCCGUCCGCCGCCCAGUCCAAAUGUUUUCUCUACCGGACGACCACAAAGCAUGUCAGACCAUGCUGGUGCACCUUCGUCAUUCCUAAAAAUUGGUUUAGAAGAUCUCGCAGCUAGGAGAGCGGAGCUUUACACCUUAUCUAGGAACAUCUUGGAGGAAUCUGGUAAGAAACGUGGAUGGAGCAAUGGGUGGGCUGACACUCCAGUUGUUGGACAGUCUAUCAUGGUCAACAUGGUCGAUAUUGACCUCGGAGAUGAAGCUGUUGCUCCAACACAACAGCCGGACGAAACGGUUGCUUCAAUGGCUGGUAUAGACAACAAGCUAUUGAAGACUGCACUGGACAACAGCGAUGACUUCUACCGCUUAUACGAAAUACUUACCGAUAAGGCUCUUCGCCAUUACACAGUUGCCGCUCAUACGCAUUCUAUCCAGAGUACUAUGGCUGAUCUUGCUGUGCUCAAGUACCAUCUCAAGGAUUAUGCCCCUGCUGCCUCCUAUUUUUGGAGGACUACGCCUUUCUUUGGUGAGAGUGGAUGGAGCCUUCUAGAGCUCUCUAUGUUGAUCAUGUACUCGCGAUGUCUUAAGCAGCUUCAACGCAAAGAUGAGUACAUCAAAGUACUGCUAAAGUUACUAUCUAAAGCGGCCACUGCGGAAAAGGACCGACGUCGGGUGAAGCCAUCACUUAGUGCCGACACACAGGACUAUCUUGAAAGCGAAGAGAUACAAGGAUGUCUAGGCGACCUCCUCUCAGAGACGAAGACCAUCCUGAACGAGAUGCGAAUACCACUGUCAAACUUUUUUGCAUCAAUUGAGGUGGAUGAAGCCCCUCGAUAUGAUAAGUUUCGAGACAGCCUGACUCUUCGUCUAAAGCUUGACAGCUUGUUAGUAGAAGACUUGAAUAUCGAUUCAGCUAACCUGCGCCUCAUUAACGCAUCAUCUAAGCCGAUAAAGGAGAUGUGGCUCAAACAGGAGGGACCCAUAACUAUUCGACCAGGCACGAGUAGGUUGAAUCUCAAAAGUAAUGCUUUGAUACCAGGCUCAUACGAGGUUGAUAGAAUUGACCUAAGAGCUGGCAAAUUGUAUCUCUAUUUUGAUCGAGAGUUUGGGUAUCCUUCCGAUAAGAGCAGUCUACUUAGGUCUCCUCAGGUUUUCAUUUAUCACCCAACCGAUACACUCGAUGUGCGCCUCUACACGCCGAAGUCCAUACAACUAGAUCGUAGCAAUAGCAUUGAUAUUGAGCUAGACACUGGGUGGAACGAUAUUCAAAAGGCAGAAGUCCGAAUCAAAGCUGCAACAGGAGGCUUACGACUCAUUAGCAGUGAGGCAAAGUGCCAUGAUUCCUCUAUCGGGUUUUCUCGGCCACCAGAGGGUGGCAUGCUGUGUUUUGGUUCUAUCCCCGCCAGAACGAAGUUGAGAAUACAGUUUCCAUAUACCCUGGAGCAGGAUACGCCCAACAUUCAUCUUCGCAUUGAGGUGAAGUAUGAGACUGAGCAUGGAAGCUUUUUCUUUUCCAAGACGCCUUCGGUCCGUACCAGCCUAGCGCUUGGUGUCAAUGUCCAAGAUGUCUUCAAGCACAAAAUUCUCCUAUCUCGAUUCACAGUGUCAACAGCCAGCCCGAGUCCUCUACGGUUGUUCAAAAGCGAGUUGAUAGGGUCGAAAAUGUUCGAAUCCAGCUUUGGCGUUCCGCCCAGCGAUACCGUCAUUGUUUUCCCGAAACAACCGGCCAGCUUGCUGUAUAAGAUAAAACGAAAGCUAGGUGUUAAGAACGAUCCGAAAAUGUCUAAGACCAUGUAUCUUAAGUUGCAUUACCAAGUUCUUCGUGAUGAGAUCGAAACGCUGAUUGAAAAUUCACUUGUCAAAGCACUGGAAGGCACCUCUUUACAUCCUUUGUCGCGCCUUGUGGUGUCUACUGUGCUACCACUAGUGCGCAAUGAUCUCACUAGCAUCGAGCUUGAGCGCGCCGCCUUGCUCGGGGUUAUAUACACCUCGUUCCUCUCUCGUAUUGUCGAGGAACCCAAGGUGUUCUACGGCCUAGGCAAAGACGACGCAGGCGUGGACCUGGCAAAAUCACUGACAUCAUUCCUGGCAAAAUGGCAAACAGAUAAUCCAACCCUCGUCCUGCCGCCAUCCUCGGAGCAGCUAGAAGCGCCAUCCUCAAUCCUCAUCCCUGUUGACACUCCUUCCGUCACUAUCGUCCACACAGCAGAUAUUCGCCUUCAACAAUCUUUGCCAGAUAAAUCGCCGUCUUCUCCCGCGGCUGCUGUGUGCACACACCAGCUCCUCCCUGCCACACUACAUCUCAAAUGGACACGCAUGUGGGAUACUCUGACCCCACCGUCGUCUCAAACGGAUGUGGAAUUCAGCUAUGAACUUUCCGCCCCAACGGACUCAUGGCUCAUUGGCGGACGGAGGAAGGGGCAUUUCGUUAUCCCGGCGCCUAGUACUGAUGAUGAUGAUGAGAAAGAACGCAGUUCGAGUGUUGAUACUGAGGCGGAAAUCCCGGUUUUACUUGUCCCGCUACGAGAGGGAUGGAUUCCGUUUCCGAGCGUGGAGAUUAGGGAGGUUACUUCGGAGAGUGGAAAUGAAGGAAGAAUUGGUGGAGGGAAUAGUGAGAGUUCAUAUGAGACGGACGCGAGGAAUUUAGGCGAGACGGUGAGGGUUAUUGCGGACCGAAGUGAAGUUACGCUUAGUCUUGAUGCGAGUGGUGCCAGCGGUGGACCGCUAGUGCUUGACGUUAAGAGAGGGGAGGGGGAAAGGGUUUUGGUUGCGUAGGGGUGUGUAUGUGUUGGGGCGAGCGGGUUCAGUUAGAAUAAGAAAUCACUUAGUAAUUACAGAGCGAGCGAGGAUGGCAACCGAUUUUCAUGAAUGCAGCCGCAUUUAGUGCCAGACGGGGCGUUGCUCAAAAGUGUUAUGACACAAGAAGCUGUGCUCCUCAAACCCCUAACAGUACCCC